UAAUGACUUGACGGCUUAAACCUCACGUCUGUGCAAGCGGGCGAGCGGCUUGAUUCAGAUUUUUGUUUACGUUACAAUGAACUCGGUCGUACCAGUUGCGCGAAAACAUUUUGUGCCCGAAGACAGCCGUAUGUCGUAUUUAAUUUGCGGCGCGUGAUCCUGACGAGCGAGGGCUUCAGCUGAAUACGGCAUCUGGAUGUUCACAAUUGCUGAACACUUGAAUUCCCGCCUUGGCUAAAGGACAGGUACCGCAAUGGAACCUGGGCUGAGCGUAUUGGACGAAGCGAGUGACCUCAACUUUGACAUUGCUCGUGGGGAUGAAGAAGAAGAAGCUCUUGCAGAAGUGAGAAAAAAGGCGGAAGAACUCCAAGAAGCCGUGGAAAAUGGUUUCGACGACCUUCUGGGGCUGUCCGAUGAUGAGGAUGAGGACUUGUCCACUGAUCAGUAUUUCAAGCCUCCACACGUGGGCUAUGGCGUCACCACUUCCACACCCAAUGUACAGCAAGCACAGAUGGGCUAUGGCAUCACCACUUCAACACCCAACACACAAGCACAGGUAAAUUACGCUAGGCCUCAUUUCACGACUCCCGGCUACAUCAUGUCGCCUCAUGCUCAUGGCAACGGAGUUGCACUGCACGAACCCACAGCACGAGAUUUUGCCAAUGGCAUGGGCACCCCGUUCCAAGCCAGUGAUGAAUACGGCCAAGACGCAGUUGACAGUUACUGCGGUGGCGGUGACGUCGGGAACAAGGCUCCUGCUGUUCCAUUCAACUUGCCAGCUGUGCAGCAGCUUCCCCAGGAACCUGCACCCCAUCAGUCUGACGACUACAUUCAGCUCCAGGUGAUGUACAAGGCACGCCUGAGGGAAGUUGAGAAACUUUCAUCCGAACUAGAAAGCCUCAAGCAAUCUUCAAGGGUCGAGAUAUCGUCUUUGAAUGCGCAGCUGGCCUCCUUACAAGCCCAGGAAAAGCUUCUGGCGGAUAACUUCAACCAAGCACGCCAAGCACUUGCAGAAAAAGCCAGUGAAACUACCAGUCUCUCAGUCAAGGUAGUCACUCUUGAGAGCCAGCUCGAAAUUGAGACUAAGCUCAAUCAGGAGAACCUGCAAAAGAUCAGGGUGGCAGAGUCGACCAUCAGGAUGCUCCAGGAGCAGAUUUCUGAGCUGAGCAGUUCGGACGGCAUUGUGCUUAUGAAGCGGGACUACGAGAAACUGCUCCAGACCCUGAAACAGAAGCACCACACAGAACUGUACGACCUAAACCAGCAAAUUGCCGAGCUCAAUCAGCAGCUGUCUGCGAAGAUGGCAGAGGUGCAAGCCUGCAAGGAGCGUACCAGUGAGCGAGAAAAAUGGUUUGAAGCACAGCUCUUAGAGAAGGCAAGCGUCAUAAACCAGCUGACAGAGUCUCUCAACAAAAGCCAAAAACAGUGUCAACUGUUCUUGGAAAAUGGUGCACCCAAGGACACUGACCACCUGCUAAGCCAGUUCCGAGUGCUGCAGCAAGAAAGGAUGAUAGAGUGCCAAAAAUUCACACUACUUGAGAGGGAACUUGACUGCCUAUUCAAAGUUCUGCUGCCAAAAACCACUUGGUCUGCAUACAACUCGGAGUUUCCAAAAAGCAAUGGCGACUUGGCACAAGAAGAUGAUCACGGGAACGUCGCUGCAAAAAUCAAAUCAUGCUGCCAAGAAGUCAGCCGCCUUAGGUUGGAAGUGAACAGGGCACAAGAAGCACUUUCUGCUGCGCAUCAAGAGCUCGAUACGCUUCGGAGGAAAUCGCAAAUGUCCGAGAAUGAGGUGGCCCUGCUCCAAGACAAGCUGCAGGUCCGGGACGGCUCGGAGACAGAGUCCCAGUUCCAGGAGCUGAGAGACGAACUCCAGAGACAAGUCCGGCUCCUUGAAGAGAAACUGCUUCGCACUGAAACCGCCUACCAGGAAAUAAAGCAGCGGGAAAGGAUCCUAACGCUCGAAAAGGACGCGAUACUAAAGUCUUGCGGGGAAGAAAAAAUGCAAGCUGUCGAAGUGUGUAAGAACUCUAUUCUCGAGAUGCACCAUGGUGCGAUGAGAAGGCUUAGGGAAGAGCUGCUCUCACUGUCCGAGCAAGAAAAGGCUCAAGUCAAGAGAGACUGUGAAAUGAAGAUUCAGGAUCUCAGCACGAGUUACAGUACCCUGCAGCAAACCAUCAACGACAUCAAAGAACUGUAUGUGCGGUCUUGUGAAGAGAAGAGGACGCUCGAGGCCAGGAUCACGGAACUCCUGUCUGAACGGGAGACCUUGGCGAGGGAAACCGAGGAGAGGCUACAAGCCGAGUUUAAAGAAGUACUUCGGAAAGUGCAUCGCAGGUGGGAGGACGAGAUGAUGAAGCAGUUCCAGGAACAGUUCCAGCAAGAGAUGACAGCGGUGAAGGACGAGUAUGAUGCAGAGAAACAACGCGAAGUGGCCGACAAAGAAAAGGACCUCAGGAAGGAGUUCCAGCAGGAGAUUGUCAAGGCCAUUCAGCAAGAACGGGACAAAUUAAAUGCAGAGCACGCUUCCUUGCUGAAGAGGCUUCAAGAGAACAUGAUGGCCAGCAACAAAGAAAACGAAAAACACAGCUUACAUCAUCUAAGACAGGUUGUGGAAAAGCUGAAAGCAGACCUUCACAGUAAAGAAACUGAGUUGAAUCAGCAAGUAGCCACGUUUACUGAGAAGGAAUCCAAGCUAAAAGUGAAGCUCCUGAAGUACCAGAAAAGCCUCGAAAAGGUUGAGAAGCAUCACAAGGAUGAACUCCUGGCUCUUGAGAGGCGCCAUGCCGACAAGCUUGCUUCACUGCAGGAUCAGCUACGACAACUCUCUCUCAAGUCUUCCAAGAGCUCAGACGAAAACUCACAGGCCAAUCUUGCUAAGGUGAUGGACAAAUGGAGCGACUGGUUCACCAAGUGCCUGGACAGGAUUGACAAAGACGUGUGCACCUACAUGGAGGACGCCGAGCGGGCGAGGAAGGCGGAGGUGCGGCAGCUCCUGCAGGGCUACCACGAGUUCCUGGCCGCCAGAACGGGCGAACCGAGGGAGGAGCGGGGCCGGGCGUUGGGCACGCCGCCGCCCCGGCGCUCCCGACCGCCGCUCAUGACCACGCCCCCGGAGAAGCUGUUCCCGGGCAGGACGGACCCACACCCCGAGAGGCACCGAGCCCACCAUUCCGAAAACCCGAGCGCAAGACCGGGGCCCAGCAACCCCGCGUUCGCCACUGGUGCAAAUGCCGGCGGCUGUUUCCCCAGACACGUUCGGAGCGAGAACUUGGACUUCAAGUUGACCGAACUCGACCUCUCCGCCCAGUCUGACGGCAGCGUGUUCUUCUCGCCGCCGCCACGAGAAGCCAAAUAGUGCCAUCGCAUGCCUGGAACGCCGGGCUCUCUUCGAACUUGGGUGUGCGCGGACGCCAGUGUCUCGAGUAUUAAGGCUGUUUCUGUCCAACUGCGACAGAAUGUGUCGCAACCUCUCGUAACCGCUUAACGCACUGGCCCCAUUUGUCGGUAGCUUGGAACACAUCUGACCCGUGUGUGACUACACCGAAGGUUUUGCAGUAUCUGCGAGGUAAACUCUGCACACCGUUUAUGAGAAAUAGUUGCUUAUAGCAUUGUUAGAACUAUUUCGAGCCUAUGGUGGAGGAAAUGAUGAAUAAAAAUUGGUAAAAAUAUACACGCGGGUCAGAAGAGUUCCAGAGCUACCCAAUAUAGAUGGCGCUGGUAUGCGAGUGUGUUAAGCGGUUAUAGGUGAUUGCAACACUGUCGGUCGCAGUCGGAUGUAACUGUGUGAAGCAGCCUUUAGCGGCAACAAGGAUUUGUUUGCUCGGUAUUUGAACGGGGAAAAGUAGGUGUUCACGCGAGUGCCAUUUGCCCACAGGACGUCUACGCCUCCGUAAAAUGUUUGUACAUUGUUCUACUUGUGUUCCUGAUCUCUGGUUUGUUAAGUUAUGAGUUGCGCAGCUGAAUGCAUGAUUAUUUAGAGCACCACUCCCAAACGAGUGUUUACACCAGAAUGUAUUAUAAAUUUGUUCGACCCCAAUUGAAAUUGUGUGACGUGUUUUUAAAACAUGGAAGGCUCGAUCUCGCAACGUUGUUAGAGAAGUGAAUGAAUGUAGCGUUCCAGUUUUAUCGCUUUUAUUGUUUUGGCCAGGCUUUGUAAACAUACGCUCAACUGGCAUGUUCCAUUCAAUGUUCCUUCAAGUUUUUACGCCCCGGUAGGGCUUGUUGUAUGAUUACAGGAAUUACUGUAUGUAAUCGCUAAAUGUAGAAUCGCAUUGAAAGUGCCAUUUUUAUUUAGGUUAGCCCGAGCCCGUAUCUCUUAGGUCAGUCGAAAAAGCCGGUUUGUCGGAAGUGCCACGGGGAAGGGUUGCGAGAACAUUGUGCCGGAAUAAAAAAAAAUCUGGACGCUCUCCGUGAAGAGUCCUUUCUGUUGCUUACCUUGGAUUUACCCAGACUCGCGAGUCUAAACGAAUAAACCUGCGAUCAAUUCAAGUCCAUUCCACAACACAAUAUUCAGCGAGUCCCGUGUAAAACACCCUAAACUCGCGUGCGAUUAUUUACAUACGGGCACUUUGGCAUCAACUUCCGGUUGUAUUUCCGUUUCGCACGGAGUUUGCGCAGAUUCUGGGGGCGUCGAACGCGUUGCCAUCUUGUUUCUUCGGUGUCGUAGAAGGAUAUUUUAUCUGUGACAAUCGGUGUAUUUUCGCGGACGGUGCGCUCGUUCGAGUCGUAUUUUAUGAUCUGAAAGACUCUUCUACUGUGUGAGAUAUUUAUUCCUGUUGGUUCCGGCCUCAUCGUUCGCUGUUCUUCAAGUGGAAUAGCCGAGUCCGCGGCUUAGGAUGGCCAAUAAAGAUGACGAAUAUGAUUAUCUUUUCAAAGGUAUUACCGGGGAGCGGUGGGGGCUCUGCUCGUGUACGACAUUGCGAAGCACCUGACGUACGAGAAUGUGGAGCGCUGGCUGAAGGAGCUGAAGGACCACGCAGACCAGAACAUUGUCAUCAUGCUGGUGGGCAACAAGAACGACUUGAGACACCUCAGGGCCGUUCCCACCGACGAGGCCAAGGCGUUCGCGG